AUGUCAGCUGAAACACCAAUCACACUGAAUAUUGAUCCUCAGGAUCUGCAGGUCCAAACAUUUACUGUAGAGAAGCUACUGGAGCCGCUCAUAAUCCAGGUUACUACACUUGUCAAUUGUCCCCAGAAUCCUUCCAACAGGAAAAAAGGACGUUCAAAAAGAGCCAGAGUCCUUCUAGCUUCUGUGGAGGAAGCAACUUGGAAUUUAUUAGACAAGGGAGAGAAGAUUGCCCAGGAAGCUACAGUUUUAAAGGAAGAACUUGCUUCUGCACUUGAGGAAGUACGCAAAGAAAGUGAAACUCUGAAAGUAUCAGCUGAGAGAUUUGCAGAUGAUCCCUGUUAUCUUCCCAAAAGGGAAGCUGUGGUUCAAGCUGCCCGUGCCUUGUUGGCUGCAGUUACCAGACUCCUUAUCCUCGCAGAUAUGAUAGAUGUCAUGUGUCUCUUGCAGCACGUGUCAGCUUUUCAAAGAACAUUUGAAUCUCUUAAAAAUGUUUCCAAUAAAUCUGAUCUCCAGAAAACCUAUCAGAAGCUUGGAAAGGAGCUGGAAAAUCUGGAUUAUUUAGCCUUCAAACGUCAGCAGGACUUAAAAUCUCCAAAUCAGAGGGAUGAAAUCGCAGGGGCCCGGGCCUCACUGAAGCAGAACUCCCCCCUCUUACAUUCAAUAUGUUCAGCUUGUUUGGAACAUUCUGAUGUUGCUUCCCUCAAAGCCAGCAAGGACACAGUUUGUGAAGAAAUUCACAAUGCCCUCAAUGUAAUUUCAAAUGCUUCACAAGGCAUCCAGAAUAUGAUUGCCCCACCAGAAUCUAAGGCAGCAACCCUGGGAAGUGCCCUUGAUGAGCUUGAGAAUUUAAUUGUCUUGGAUCCGCUCACAGUGACUGAGGAAGAAAUUAGACCAUCACUAGAGAAGCGUCUUGAAGCUAUUAUCAGUGGGGCUGCACUAUUAGCUGACUCUUCAUGCACUAGAGAUUUCCAUCGGGAACGGAUUAUUGCAGAAUGCAACGCCAUUCGCCAGGCUCUCCAGGAUCUGCUUUCAGAGUACAUGAACAAUGCUGGAAAAAAGGAAAGGAGUAAUACCCUGAAUAUUGCAAUAGACAACAUGUGCAAGAAGACAAGAGACCUACGCAGACAGCUCCGUAAGGCUAUUAUAGAUCAUGUGUCAGACUCCUUUUUGGAUACGACAGUCCCACUUUUGGUUCUCAUUGAAGCUGCCAAGAACGGCCGGGAAAAGGAAAUAAAAGAAUAUGCUUCAAUAUUUCGUGAACAUACCAGCAGGCUUAUAGAGGUGGCAAAUCUUGCUUGUUCCAUGUCAACAAAUGAAGAUGGGAUUAAAAUUGUCAAAAUUGCAGCCAAUCACCUGGAAACCUUGUGUCCACAGAUCAUUAAUGCUGCACUUGCUUUGGCUGCAAGACCCAAAAGUCAAGUGGUCAAAAAAACCAUGGAAAUGUACAAGCAUACAUGGGAGAAUCAUAUCCAUGUCCUCACUGAAGCUGUAGAUGACAUUACAAGCAUUGAUGACUUCCUUGCUGUAUCUGAGAGCCAUAUCCUAGAAGAUGUCAACAAAUGUAUCAUAGCAUUGAGAGACCAGGAUGCUGAUAAUUUAGACCGUGCUGCAGGUGCUAUCAGAGGACGAGCGGCAAGAGUUGCUCACAUUGUCACAGGCGAAAUGGACAGUUAUGAGCCAGGAGCUUACACUGAAGGUGUGAUGAGAAAUGUUAACUUCCUUACAAGUACUGCAAUUCCUGAGUUUGUAACACAAGUGAAUAUUGCCUUGGAAGCCUUAAGUAAAAACUCUUUGGAUAUAUUUGAUGAUGAUCAAUUUGUGGACAUCUCAAAGAAGAUCUACGAUACAAUUCAUGAUAUCAGAUGUUCAGUCAUGAUGAUUCGAACCCCAGAGGAACUGGAGGAUGUUUCUGACUUGGAGGAGGAACAAGAGGUACGCAGUCACACCAGCAUUCAGACCGAAGGGAAAACUGACCGGGCUAAGAUGACUCAGUUGCCUGAGGCAGAAAAGGAAAAGAUUGCUGAGCAAGUUGCUGAUUUCAAGAAAGUAAAGAGUAAACUGGAUGCUGAGAUUGAGAUAUGGGAUGAUACCAGCAAUGAUAUCAUUGUUCUGGCCAAGAAGAUGUGUAUGAUUAUGAUGGAGAUGACAGACUUCACAAGGGGCAAAGGACCACUAAAGCAUACCACUGAUGUGAUCUAUGCAGCUAAAAUGAUAUCAGAAUCAGGAUCAAGGAUGGAUGUCCUUGCUCGGCAGAUUGCAAACCAGUGCCCAGAUCCAUCAUGCAAGCAAGAUUUGUUGGCCUAUCUGGAACAGAUUAAGUUUUACUCUCACCAACUGAAGAUCUGCAGUCAAGUUAAAGCUGAGAUACAGAACCUAGGAGGAGAACUCAUCAUGUCAGCCUUGGAUAGCGUCACCUCCCUGAUUCAAGCAGCCAAAAAUUUAAUGAAUGCUGUGGUGCAAACAGUGAAAAUGUCUUACAUUGCCUCAACCAAGAUCAUCCGAAUUCAGAGUCCUGCUGGGCCCCGGCACCCAGUUGUGAUGUGGAGAAUGAAGGCUCCUGCAAAAAAACCCUUGAUUAAAAGAGAGAAGCCAGAGGAAACUUGUGCAGCUGUCAGACGAGGCUCAGCAAAGAAAAAAAUCCACCCAGUGCAAGUUAUGAGUGAAUUUAGAGGAAGACAUGUCUACUGAAACCACUCUUCUCCUCUAGUGCCUAUAUUACAAAGUCCGGACUAAACACAGUGUUUUAAUUUUGCACUUAAUUCAUUUGUAAGUUCACUAACUUUUUAGAAUUUAACCCACAAAUAAUGUAAAACAUUGGAGGCAACAUAUAUUUGGGAUCAUGUCGUUGUCAUCUGUGUAUGACCAGUACCUAAUAAGUACUCAGUACAUGCUUGUUGAAUGAGUGAACCUUUUAGGGGUCAUCCAGUCUUUCCUGUCACAGAUGAUAUCUUACAUUUAUUACCAAAUGAACACUGGAGACUCAAGUGAGUCCUGUUCAUCUGUAAUAGCUAAAGUACACUCACCUUACCAUUUUGGAUUAAAAUACUGACAUGAGCUCUUGACUUAGUUUUCAAUGAAAGCAAAAGACUUCAUAAAAUAUUUCCCCCUUAAUCUCUCUAUACUUUUUAGUCCUACCUAACCUAACAGACGUAUGUGAUUCUCUUGAUAUCUAGAGUUUGAAUUUUUUUUCAAUCUCUAGAUAUUUGUAUCUAUUGUCAAUUGAUUAGGCUAACACCACAAACUAACCAAGCUCAGUGGUCAAAUUCAGCCUUGAUUAUUAAUGAAGCAUUUUUGUAACAUUAUAAAUAAUACAGUGAGUUUUGAUGCCACAAAUGCACCUUUAGGCUUCCAUAGUGUUCAGCAGUUCUGUACAUUGUUAGAUUUAAAUGGUUCACCAGAAUACAUAUGGAAGAGAAGUUAUGAGUCAUUGGGGGAAAUGGGAUACCUAACUAUAUGCCUGGGUGAGUUAUGAUUACAAAAAUAGGAGUUCUGCAUGACUCUAAAAAUAGAUAUGUAUUAGCUUGCAAUUGUAAUUAAAUGGAAAAGGCUAGUUUGAAAAACAUUUUGCUGUUGAGUAAAAUACAACUGCAUGAAAUGUAUCAGUGAACUAGGAACUAGAGUUAAUGGCAAUGAAACUGGAGUGAUUUUAACAACAUUAUUUAAAAUAAAAGUCGUUGAGGUAAUUUUAUAACUCCAGUCACCACACUCAUCUUUAGUUAAGUUGCUGAAGGACUUCAUAAUAGUCUUAGUGUCUAGUGCAUUGCCUCUCCCCUGCUCUCUCUGUCUCUGUCUUUGUCCCUGCCCCACAUCUCCUUCUUUGGAGGAGUUGUUUCAUUUUUUCUCACACACAGAGUUACCAUUCACAAGUUUGCUAACAUGCAUUCCCUAUUCUACUUAAUCAAAAUUAUGCUAUUACUGUAACUUGACUCUGUACAACAUUGCCAUUAAUGAGUUGUUUCAACAACUAUGUCAUCUUGUUUGAUGAAGUAAAAUCCAAACACGCAACAUCAGUUGAUUCCAGGAAGAGCAGUUUGGGUAAAAGAAUGUGUGAAACAUAAGAAUGCAUAAAGUUGAGAGUAUGAUAUGUAUGGUACCUUGAGCUAAACAGUGUGGGGAAAAGAUUUGUUUAAUAGAUCAUUAUCAAUUAUGUGGAAAGUGCUAACUUUCUAUUGUUAUGAAUUAUUGUAUUCUUCCAAAUGCUGAGCUGCCUUGGCUCAGCAUAUAAACUUCCUAGGAGGUGAAGCCAUAGGUCCUCCCUGCCUUGCACUCUACACUGGCCUACAAUAAUUAUCUAGGACAGAGUCUCCUCUCUAAAAGAAAAAGUAGCGUAGAAAGGAAUUAGAGAAUCCAGAUUUUUCUAUUUUCCAGAACUAUUUAGAUAAUAAAAAGCAAAAACGGGAGUUCCUUUCAUUGAAAUGCUACUAUCAUUUUCUUCCAAGAGUAGAUAUUACAAGACUGACAUCUAUAAUCUACUUUUCUCAGAUAGAAGUGUGAAUUUAUAAUGUAGUUGAGAAAACAAUUUUUUUUUAAAAAUCACCAAACUACUAGUUGUAUAUCUUAGUUCCUAAAGCCACAAGUCAAGAAUCCUAAGUAUCAUUUAGGAAACUAAUGUCUGUUUGAUUCUACGUCAGCUUUCCACAAGUUGGAGUUUAGAAUGCAGGAUUCAUGCCAAAAGAACAAAUACCUUGAAAUCAUAUCACUACCAAAUAACCUCUAUAGCUUAAAAAAAUGACACUUUACCCAAAAUGAGGUAUGAACAAGGCCUCUUCUUCAAGUAGGUAGAUUUCCAGCUUAGCUCAAAGCAAAUAACUGUAAUUAAACAAAAUAAUUAAAAACAUGACUUGGAGAAUGUCCCAGAAGCGAAGUCCACUGUAGUAAUUAUCAAAGGUGCAAUAAGACAUAUAGAGCUGAGAAUGAUAUCUGUCUACUUAAGUAAAAUUUCCACAGUGGGCCAUUUUGAAGCUUAGUUAGAUUCAAACCCACUAAUAAGUGCUUAUACACAAGAAAAACUAGCAGCAAAUAUAUUAAAUGUUUGUGCUAGAAAGCAUAGUUAGAUGAACCUUAUCAGGAAAUAUGAAUGUACUAUAUAUAGUUAUAUUUAAGUGCUUCUUCUGUGGGGGAAUGGUGGACAUUUAUUAAUGAGAGUGACAGGUUGGUGGCCCAUCCAUGAACCUUUUGAAACCAUAUCACAGAUUGGUGUUUCUUCUGAUGAUACAUUUGCUUUCACCUGCUAAUCAAAACUCACUUUUUUUUAAGUGAAAUAAAUGUAUGCUAACUUUUGUAGGAAAAAAAAGAAAAAAACCUUGAGAGAGAGAGGAGAGGAUUUAUAUGAUCUACAAGGAUAGCUCCACUCUACUUAGUCAAACAGCAGACUGGAAUCAGACUGAUAACUUAAAUAAAAGGGAGAUACUUAUAUUUCUCAUUCUUCUUGUUUGAGAAAAAACUUCCAGUUUUUUUUAAUUAAAAUUAUCUUUAGUAGAUUAUUAUUUCACUGAUAUUUUUUAUCACAACUGGAAAUAAUUGGAUUAAAAUAUUUCUUUCCAAUGGCGAUUCUAGGUACAAUUCAAUGAAUGAGUCAGGAAAAGAUUUCAAACCCCAAACUUCUAAGAUAAUUUUUUAAUGAUCCUGUUUCUGUUUCUCUUAAGACAUGAAUGAAAAUAAUGAAUAUUAGAAAAUAUAAUAUUCUUAUUUAUUCUCUCUGUUUUUUGCAAAACUCUUAAUUUAUCAAUAUCUGUAUAACAUAUGUUCUCCAUCACAUGCCUUCUGUGUAAGGGUUAAGGACUCCACAGUCACGUAGAAAGGCUCACUUUUUCAAUAUGGCAUUCUGGCUCACUUACCAGCUUCAAAGGAGGUCAGUUUUCAAGUCAUAAUACAGCAAGAUAAAAUUAUGAAUAUGUAGAUAAAAGCCCAAUUUGAGCCUCAAACUUAAUAAUUUGUGUUCCUCGUAUUUUAUAAUGAGUGGCUGAAAAGCCUAAUGUCUCACACCAGAGAAAAUACUUUCAGUGGCUUUCUAUACCUUUCUACACCUCAAGGUGGUCUUUUCAUCAUCCAUCCCUGAGCUAAGGACCCUCAUAUUAACUGCUGACAGUUCUCUCCCAGAUUGAUGCAGUCAGGGUUGCUCAUCCCAAUUAUGCCCAGUUCAUGUCCUUUCCUCUUGGUCCAUGCACCAAAAAUACCUUUCUCUCAUCUCUCAUCUCUGUAAGUAUCUAUCCCACAUAGAAAUUGAUUAAUAUAUUCUAUAGCAUUAAAAUUAUAAAUUUGAAUUCGCAGCAGCAUUAGUUCUUGCUUUAUUUUUUUUUUUUUGGGGGGGGGAGUGUUUUAUUCUAUUCCAGAAAAUAUUCUUACUUUUUUGGUAUCAAGUGCACACUUCCUGACAGGGAUUGAGGUUCCCAUGGAUACAGAUUUCAGUAUAGUGGCAAGAUGAGUGGGAUGAGAUCUGAGACUUUUCCUGGUGAUAUUUACCAUUCUCCAGUGAAUUCAUUGCAGAAUUGCUAUCCUGUUGCAGGAUCAUCAUAGGUAAUUCUCUAGGUCAGCAAAGUAGACAUCAGAAUAUCAAGCUGAAUGAAAUCUGUACUUUGUUUUGUCAGCCAGUCUUUUGCCAAGACAGCCUGUCUAUUGCAUAUUUAGGAAUCAAAUAGUCAUUUUUCUGUUUGGAUAGUCAGAAAUAUUUGUUUGACUUGAUCAGAAGGUUUAGGGUCACCUAGUUAAAAGAUUAUAACUUGCAUAUAAUUUCAAAAAUUCUUUUUAAGUAAACUAGGAAAAUUUCUGCAAACUGAGAAAUUUAUAUUUCUAUAUCAUUUUCAUUUGUAUAUCACAUAUCAGGAAAUAACACUUAGAUGAAAACUCUAUACCAUUUUUGUCAUAACUCUUUCCAUGUUGUUACGAUAUCUUUAGUAUUAAUAUUUUGCAUGCUACUACCAAAUAAAAAAGCCAGGCUUAAUGACAGAAACAUCUACAUAUAAAGUAAAGUUUUCACUUUGGCCUAUUGGGUCUACUAGGAAAGAAAAUGUGGACUUUAUUAAAACCAGGUAUAUGUAACUACAGAUGUUUUAAUCAAGAUUGUAACACUAUCCUAGAUAUCUACAAGAGAGAAAAGAAGAGGAUUAAAAUUUUAAACAGUUUAUUUGCCAUUUUAAACUAAUUCACAUGAACAAGAAAUUUUUCUUUUAAAUCAAAUAAACAGUAGUUUACGACAGUCAUCAUUUUACAUGUGAGUUUCCCCCCCUACCAGCAUAGGAUCUAUUCCUAAACACUUCAAAAGAAGAAAAUUAAUACCAUUUGAGAGAACCAUUUUGAAAUGGAACCCAGCCUUACCAGGACCCUGUCUAUGGCAAUGGUUGUUUCUAGAGUUGGCAUUUAUGUAGAUCCCAGGAUGAGAUGUUUCAUGGCUGCAGGCUGGCUUGUGGCAUCCAAAAGUCCCCAUUGGUUUUUUGGGAACGAAUCACAAGGACUGCCUUUCAAAAUGAGUUUGACAAGUUGGAGAGAAAAAGCAGUAUAUACAGAGCAGUUCUAAAGGGAUGUAAGGAAGAAAGUGACAGAGGCAGGAGAAUGAGUAAGAAAAGUAGUUGCAGAAGCAGAUAACUUAUAGCCAAAAGGAGGAAAGGUUUUUGGUUCUAUGAAGAUUGGGCAGUCUCCUCCUGAGGAAUAUUUUAAGGAUAGAAAAUGGUACUUGUCUUUGGUGGUUUGGGUAAAGUCAUGUAAGUGGCAGGAGGAUGAACUAUAUAAUUUUGGGGAUGAUUUAGUGAUAUUGUUUGCAAGAUAAGAAAGGGAAAUUCUAGGCUGCUGAUGGGUGAUAUUCUUCCCAAUAUCAGAGCUCCUCAGGAUAAUCACACAUCAAUGAUUUUAAUAAAUAUUUGUUGAGCAACUAUGACCUUCCAGACACUGUUCUAGGUUCUUAGAAUACACCAGGUAACAAAACAAACAGUGGUCUUUACCCCAUGAACCAACUCUGUGUUAAAUACUAUUACCUUGUUUAAUUCUCUUACUAAUCCUAUAGGAUAAACAUUGUUAACUCCAUCUCACAUAUAAGGACACUGAUGUUUAAGCAGGAUAAGAAUCUUGUUUGAAUAUUUAUUUGCUUUAGAAUUUCUUUUGUUGCAAUCUAGAAUCUGAACUUUGGUCAUUAUACCAACCAGACUUCUUGAAAAAAGAGAUUGGGUUUUUUCAGUUUAAAAUGAAAUAAUGAAAUACACAUUUCAAAUGCCGCCUACUUCUUAUGUAAGAGCAAAUAGAUGGAAAGUUUAAAAAAUAUGUUAUCUAUCUGUAACUACAUCAUUUAAAGUAGAUAAAAGGCGGUCACAUAAGUAAUUAGGUGAAUAUUCUCACCUCUAAUAAUCUGAAUUAGAGUAUCAGAAGUAUGAUGAAUGAAUAUUUCAAUUAUAUGUGAUCUGAAAUAGGAUGAAAACCCUUGGCAAAUUACUUUUACUAUGAUAGAGGAGACUUCUAUGCAAAUGCCUGUUUCAAUCCAUCUUCAGCAUUGAUUGUUGAAAAACAUAUGUUGGUACCAUUUCUUUCCUAUUUCAUUGCUAAUGUGUGCUUGUGUGUUUAAAGUUAUGGAUCCAAGGGGAUCAUUGGCCAAGGACUAUUGAAAUAAGAUAGGGGUUCUUUGUAUUCUAAAAUGACCAAACUGUAGCAAAUGUAUGUUUCCUGUUUUAUGGAAGUCAUAAAUGUAUAUUGUGUGUAUGUGCCUGGCCUGCAGGUAAAUGUAGUUCUUUAACUCUAUGUGGUCCUGCUUCCUAUAGCCAACUGAAGGCUUGACUCUUCUUGUCCAUGUUACUAUUGGGACUUAAAUGACUUUCUGAUCUUUCUUAAAGUGGAGCCACAGGUCUUUUUUUCAAACUGAGAAUGUGUUUACUUGGGGUCUUUGCUAUUGGAUACCUGGCUCUCAUGAUGGUUCCUAUACCCAUCUGUAAGAAAAAGAAGCUCUCAGGAAGGAAUUUCUAUUUGAAAAAAAUGCUCAGAUUUCUAACGAUCAUCUCUAACUUUCUCUUCAAUGGAGAACAUUUACAAAAGCCACUCAAAGGGUAGUAGCAGAGCAGUCUCCAUGUUUUCCUUUCACAUGGGAUAUUUUCUACUUCUAAAGUUUUCUUUCCUUUGCAUUUUCAAGAAGAAUGUUUAUGUUUAAUUCUUUUUUUUUUAUCUUGAAGGUUAUGUAGAAUCUCUUGAAACAUUUUGAAGUCCCCUUUCAAAAAUUACAUCAAUAGUUCUAAGACCAUAGGUAACUUUUCUUGCAAUUCAGACAGCCAUGUUUUACACAGUGCCAAACCAACCCUCAGCAGUCCCUUUGGUCAGUUUGUCAUCUUUGUGAAUUAUCUGAAUCUCUCUGUGGUAGUCACCAAGAGUCUAGCUUAGACAGGCAGAUUUUCUUAACCUAGGCUUCUAACAUCAAGUUUGGACUGGGGUGUUUGUUAAUAAAGCAAAGGGAGCAAGUCUGAGAUGUUAGUCCAUGCUCUCUUAAACAGAACUUUCCUUCUUCCUGAGGAUUUAAACAUAAAAUUGAUUUUAAAAAUACUGAUAUAGUGUUCCAUUGCUUGUCAAAUCUUUUGCCAUUAUAACUCUGUGUUUUUCUGUGUUGAUAUUCAUUGUGUCCAUGGGGAUAUAAAUAUGAGAAUUUCAUCAACUGUCUUGCAAGGUUAAGCUGUGCUUCUUACUAGUUUUGAAAUUUUUCCUUGUAUAGUACAAUCCCUCCGAAGAUAAUUACAUUGGACCUAAAUGACAGCAUAAUGGUUUUUCUUCCAUAUCUGUUACUAACAAUUCCCUGAAAACAGAGCUAGACAAAUGCUAUGCCCAAUUUAUUUUUUUAAAGAUUUUAUUUAUUUAUUCAUGAGAGACACAGAGAGAGACAGAGGCAGAGGGAGAAGCAAGCUCCUAAAGGGCAGCCAAAUGUGGGACUCGAUCCCAGGACUGGACCAUGCCCUGAGCCAAAAGCAGAUGCUCAACCACUGAGCCACCCAAUCUAUGGCCAAUUUAAUACCUAACAGUUGAGACUUAAAAUUUUCUUCAGGAAGCUGGUAAUUAAAUAUGAAUUAAAACUUCAUGAAAGACUUCCAGGUGCCCCUGCCUUCAUUUUGAUUAUAUUUUAGUUGGAUGGUGACUUGGGAAAGAAAAAUCUCUUACUUUACCUUAUACUUUCACAAGCAACAGCUUUGACAAUUUAAAUUUGGUGACAUUUCUGAAGGUAGCGUGCACGUUAUAAUUAAAGAUGAAGGGCAGAGUUAGAUGAAGAUAGUCUGGAGUGAAAUAAAAGUAAGCAAUAAUAAUAAUCAUGCUUAUUGUAGCAAUAUCUUGAAAGCUUAAGUUUAGUGGCAUUUGAGAUGUUUCAAACCAUCCAGCUUAUACAUCUUACCCUGCUGUUCAGAAGGCAGUGAGGUUGAGUGAACCACUCACUAUAGUAAUGGCCAAUUUGAAGCAGUAUUAUGGUUUGGAUAUAAAGAAACUUCGGCAAAAGCACUUGUGGAUCUUUCAGAUCCAUAUUUAUCCUUAAAGUCAGUUUCACCAAUCAAUAAAAAUGAAUUAUUUAUCCAAGAAUAGAUAAAGCUCUUUAAUGUCCUCAUGACAUCGACAUAGAAGCCCAAAUACUCCUUGUUUGAGAUUCUGCAUGCUUUUUGUGCUUUACUGAAUCAAUGAAAUUUUUCUUUCAUUUUGCUCUCAAUUGAAUAAUUUCACACACAUAACCUUGGGUUUGUUUUGAAGUUAUGUAGAAUUAUUUGAAAUGGUAUUUUAAUUUCAACUCAUGUCACUGUAUAGUUUAUUAGUAAUUUGCUCAACUGAUAAUUAAGUCAUGUUUGUUAAAGCAAUAAAAAUUCAUUAUGCAUUUGGCA